AUGGCGGCGCAAAUACAGGCGACGGCCAUUAAAAUACGCUCGUUGCGCGUAGCGAAGCGGAAGAGGGCCGUGAACUUGACGGGCGGCGGUUUGUUAUCGUCUCCAGAGCCAUUGUUCUCACUGCUCUCGACGGGGGUCUUUUUGAAGCGAGCGAAGAAGCCUUUCUUGGGAGGGUUAAGGUUGUCUUCUUGGGUGCCCGUGCCUGUCCUGGUGGAGGGAUCAGUGGCGGGGGGCCCAGCUUGGUCUGCCAUGGUGAGUGGCGGGGAACCACGGGCGGGCCGUUAG